GCGCACGCCUCCUUCUGUUCACAGCGACUUCACGUCAACCUUUCUUCUUAUACGUUUUUAGUUUUCACCGCUUCUCACUUCUCACUUCUCUCACCCUGUCAGCUCCCGGCGCAGCGCUCAACAGCCAGAAAGACACCGCCGACUGCAUCCAGCCAGCAGGCAGCUGCACGGAGCCACUUCCGCUUGUGCGACAGACAAACGCUGCAGAUUGACCCAGGGAUUGUUUGCUAGGAUGAGUGCGAGAAGAAAUGGUGGAAAUUUCAAGGGAAAAGAUGUCUUGGAAGUCAGCAGCCCCAAGAUUGAACAGUUGACUCAUGGUGUUGCAGACGUUAGCCUGGGCUCGGCCCAGGAUGAUGGAGAGUGGGAGGUAAUUACCAGGAAGUCAAAGAACAGAGCUGGAAGCAGUGCUGCAAAACAAUGGGGUCCUCAGAAUUCUAAUUCUAAGGCUCGGGCACAGGUUGAUACUCAGAAGCCAGGUAUGCGGAGUAGUGGUGGGUCAGGAAGGGGUGCCGGCAACUUCUGGCCUUCACAAACUUCUGAUAUGAGAAAACCAGCAGCUAGAGGAAAUGUAAGGCAGCAGUCUUCUGCCAGGGUUUCUGAAAACAGCUAUGUGGCCCCACAACAUGUGAUUCCCCCUCCACUGGACCACGGAUGGAACUGGCAAUCUAGAGCUGGUGUUACUCAACCCAAGGGUUCAGAAGAUGUCCACAGAAAAGAUGACAAGGACAGCGAUGCGGCUGCUGCUGCCGCUGCCAUUGAUGAUGAUGAUGACAACUCUGAUGCUGUGUGUGAUACCGACGAUGAGCUAUUCAGUGAUGAGUUUGACUCGGAUUCAAGUGAAAAGAGCCAUGAAACUCGAAAAAAUAGCAGAUGGUUCAAGAAAUUCUUUGAGAUUUUGGAUAGUUUAACUGUUGAUGAGAUUAAUGAUCCUGCUAGGCAGUGGCACUGUCCUGCAUGUCAAGGGGGUCCUGGUUCCAUUGACUGGUACCGAGGCCUGCAGCCCCUGAUGACACAUGCCAAAACAAAAGGAUCAAAAAGGGUAAUGCUCCAUAGAGAGCUUGCAGAGCUUUUGGAUGAAGAGUUGAGGAGGAAGGGAACUACAGUUAUACCAGCUGGUGAAGCUUUUGGUAAAUGGAAAGGUUUAAAAGAUGAGGAAAAGGAUCAUGAAAUUGUCUGGCCUCCUAUGAUUGUCAUCAUGAACACUAAACUUGAGCAGGAUGACAAUGACAAGUGGGUUGGCAUGGGAAAUCAGGAGCUUCUUGACUAUUUCAGCCCUUAUGCUGCUGCGAGAGCUCGACACUCAUAUGGUCCACAAGGACACCGUGGGAUGAGCAUUUUGAUCUUUGAGGCCUCUGCAAGGGGUUAUUUAGAGGCGGAGCGUCUUCACAAGCAUUUUAUAGAGCAAGGAACUGACCGAGAUGCAUGGGACCGUCGUCGUGUCUUAUUUCAGUCUGGUGGGAAGCGACAGCUCUAUGGGUACAUGGCAGUGAAAGAAGACUUGGACAUUUUUAACCAGCAUUCUCAAGGUAAAUCUAGGCUGAAAUUUGAGAUGAGAUCGUACCAGGAGAUGGUCGUGAACCAAAUCAGGCAAAUGAGUGAGGAUAACCAACAGCUUAUGUGGUUUAAGAACAGGGUUGCUAAGGAACAGAGGCAUGCAAAGGCUCUUGAGGAAUCUCUUGGUAUAGUGAGUGAAAAGCUCAGGAAGACGACGGAGGAAAAUCGCAUCGUAAGACAGAGGACCAAAUUGCAGCACAAAGAGAACCAGGAAGAGAUGUAUCUGCAAGAACAAUUUUUCAAAGACCAGAUCAAGAUAAUUCAUGAAUCAAGGGAUGCAAAGGAAGAAAAUUUUGAGAGGCUGCAGCAGGAGGAACGUGACAAGGUGAAGCACUCAUAUCUCAACCCUUCAAAUGCCGAGGAACAAAAAUACAGGUCGGAGGAAAUUGAGAACUUCAUCAAGUCUCAAGAAAAAGAGAUGGAAGAAUUUGUGGCAGAGCGGGACAUGCUGAUGAAAGCUCAUGAUGACGAUAAAGCUGCAAUGAAGCGGAGGCAUUGGGAGGAAGAAGUGGAACUGGAGAAGGAUUUUGAUGCCAAAUUAACCCAGCUCAUGGAGAAGUAUUCCCCGCAUCUCCCUGAAGAAAUUUCGAAUUGACUUUGAAGGUUAGAUGUUUGCAGUGCAUUUAGUUGGAGGAGAGAGAGUGGCACAUCAGCUAUAAGUCACCGAAAGUUUAGGGUAUUUUUCUCUCUUUUGUGGUCUGUUUAAUCAUAGAUUCCACGAGUUAUACCUAGAAGGAAAAGACAUAGAACCAAACGUUUUGAAUGGUGCUAUUUUAGAGAUCUGAAGUUACUUAGCAUCAGUUGGCCAUGCCAGAAAAUUGUCGUCGAUGAAUAUUAUCCUUGUUCAGUUAUGGCGUGAAAUUGCUGUUCACUUACAGAAA